AUGAAUGGAAAAGCUGAUCCAUAUAUAGUUCUUCAAUUAGGUUCAAAAAGAUUAAGCGAUAAGGAUAAUUACAUAUCAAAACAAUUGAAUCCAGUAUUUGGAAACAACUUUCCUCAAGACUCCAUGUUGACGGUUCAGAUCUUAGACUGGGAUUUGGUGGGAUCGGAUGAAAUGAUUGGAGAAACAAGAAUUGAUCUAGAAAUAGAUUUUACAGUAGACAUCAUGCUACUUGCGGAAUAUUUGGCAUUGGCAGUUCUUCACAGAUGGCAAGAAUUUCCUAGAAUAGGUUGUCAGAUGGUUCCAGAACAUAUAGAAACCAGAGCUUUGUACAAUCCAGACAAACCUGGUAUAGAACAAGGCAAGAAAAUGUGGGUUGAAAUGUUUCCAAUGGAUAUGCCCUUGCCAGCCUCUGUGGAUAUUUCACCUAGAAAACCUCGUUCGUUUGAACUUCGAGUCAUCAUAUGGAAUACUGAUGAUGUUGUUUUAGAAGAUGAUGCUUUCUUUACUGGAGAAAAAAUGUCAGAUAUAUAUGUUAAAGGGUGGCUUAAAGGACCAGAAGAUUGCCAAUGUACAGAUAUUCACUAUCGUUCUUUAACUGGUGAAGGCAACUUCAACUGGAUUAUUUAUCCAUUCGAUUAUCUUGUUGCUGAAGAGCGAAUUGUAAUAACUCGGAAAGAAUCUGUGUUUUCAUGGAGACGAAACAGAAGGGCUAUAACAUUAGAUUUGAAUAGAUUUCCUCCUCGUGGGGCCAAAUCAUCAAAAUUAUGCAGUUUAGACAUGUUGGACAAUGGAGAUAAUUCUGUACCUUUAGUAAAUAUUUUUAAACAAAGACGAAUCAAGGUUGGUGGCCCUUCUAUGUUAAAAAGGAGAACGAGCAAAUGGAAUUGA